UUGAUAACCAUCGCAUCUUCUUAUCUUUGCUGGCUAGUCAAUACACCAACAUACUACCAAUAUCAUAAUGAAUCAAAACAAUUCCUUCAUCUCGGAAAAAACGCUCGUUGAGCCGGUGGAAAUCAUCGAUAUUCUACUGAAAGAAAAACAGAUAAAGCACUCGAAACACAACGACAACUCUAGCCUGAUAACCCAUUUCAAUGAUCCGGGUAAUAAGGAAUAUACAUGUCGCUACAUGUUUGUCUGGGGUCCUCCACCAUAUAAUAGUAGAUGCUAAUAGGGAACCCCCGGGGAUAGAUCAAUAUGUCAACGCAAUUCCUUCCAACCACUCCAGCUCACGGCUGAGAUGUUACAAACUCUCAUUUCCGAGCACGGAUUGGAUGACCAUGCGGCGCGGAGUGUGUGGGAGUUGACGUCUGUGUUUUAUACGCGAAACUUGAAGACGGAAAUGGUCUUUUGUGUGCCGUUCACCGAGUAUAGAGAUGAUGAUGUUAUUGAGAGACGGGAAGCUAAGAAAAAAGAUAUCGCAUAUACAAUCCGUUACCCGGAAUGGAAGCCCAUGGACGAAGAAUGGACAAUUCGUCAGACGGGGGUAUAUCAUCGUUUAAACACGAGAACAAAACAGAGUUUGUAUAUAAUUUUCAACCCUACACCAGGCUCAAAACUGCAUAAGUCGUUGGUGCUUUCACCAAAUGAUUACAGCGGUGAAUCGAGACGGUCGUUGGUUUGGGUUCAUCAGAAAUUAUUCGCAACUUAUAUGCCCGCAUGGAGAUAUUAUAUUGCUUCACUGGAACGACGAUUCUUGCCAAUCGCCAACACGGCCGCGGCGACAUAUAUCAAUGAAGAAUUGAGAAUAGGGCACGGCCAUCUCAGUUCACUGAUCAGUAUCGAAAAGGAUUUUUUACAAAUCCCCACUAUUGUCGCUGCGGCGGCGGAUGUGAUUACCGCGUUGAGGACGUUGAUGUCUGACUUGCAAGCAGAGCAAGGGACGCAGCAGUUACAAAAUAUGCAGCGACAGUGCGAGACGUAUUCCCGCACGGCGGCACAUUUGCAGCAACGCGUGCAGGUGACGGCACAGUUGUUGGCGGAUACACUCCUGUUUCGGGAUCAGGUGCUCGCCAACGAACAGAAUGGGAAUAUGUUGCAACUCAAUCGGUCGGCUGUGUUUUUGACAACGUUGACGUUGCUGUAUUUGCCAGCUUCUUUUCUUACUUCUUUCUUUGGGAUGAAUUUCUUCGCGAUGGAUCAAACAGAUAACAAAAUCGUCGGGACGUCCAUGAUCUGGAUCUUUGUGGUCAGCGCGAUUCUGUUGACUGUCGCCACGUUCAUCAUGUACAACUGGCUGUCCAGUCAUGAUACAUUCUUCCGCACAAUGGCGCCCAAGAAAUGGAUGACGGCGGACCUCAACCUCAGAAAAUUGACACGCCGGUUUACGGGGAGUAAAAUGGAUGGUGAUAGACAAACAGGCGUUUGA